ACGAGGAGGACCUUAAUCAAUAUCCAAGGAAAACCAUUGCGUUGUUGUUGGAUUCUGUUGAGGUUUGUAUCUACUUUACAAAAUGUGUUUAUCAUUCCCAACAAAAUUUAACCCAUAGUUUUUAUUUAAUAAAUAUUUUACUGUUUCAAGGUUGGCAAAAUAAGAAUAAUGUGCACUAUCUAUGCAAUUGACACUGACUGGGCAUGAUAUUACUUUAGUUGCCGUAACUGCAACAAGAAAGUUAACCACAUCCAUGCAGCUGUCAAUGCUGUCAAUGGAGUUACCAAGAAACCCAAAUUUUGGUGUGACAAAUGCAAGACCGUUGUCACAAAUGUCAUUGCUAGGUUAGUUAUUUUACAUUUCUAAAAUGAAUUUACUUUCAGGACAGAAAGAACUAAAUAUAUUUUGCAGGUACAUGAUUUAUGUGAAAGUCAUGGACAAUACUGGAGAAACAAAAUUCCUUUUGUUUGAUAGCAUCGCUUCUGAAAUCAUUGGAGAGUCUGCACCGAGUAUUCUUGGUGGCUCAUUUGAUGAGGUAUUAUCGCUACUAUAAAACCUUCUUUCAUGUAUCUUAUGUCUUUUUUUACUAACUAUAUUUUAUACAACCAACAUAUUGCAGAUCCUGAAUCUAUUCCAGAACCAAUCAAGAACUUGGUUGGCAAGACAUUUGCAUUCCUGGUAUGUGUGGAGCGAGAAAACAUUUGGGAUGGAAAGGAUUCUUACAGGGUAACCAAAUUACUCUCUAAAGAUGGACUACUGGCCGAACAAGUCACUGAAGAUUCAGCUGACAUUGUCAACUCAGCUUCGAUUGGAUCUGGUGAUCAGGUUCCACUUGCAUUAACUUAUAGUGGAAGUACUGAUUCAAGUACACCCUCAUCAAAGCGUGUUUAUGCAUGUAAUGUUGAUGGAAGUGAACAAGGAUCUUCUUCCAAAAAGGUCUGUGUCAAACCCAUGGAGAAUCCUGAAGACAUAUUUAAUCGUGAUACUGCUACCCUUACCUUUCAAGAAAACAACGUGAAAGAGGGUACUACUGAGGACGUGGAGAAUGAUGUGGGAAAGAAGUGUGUUGGUGAGAAGAUCAAUGAGACGGAGGUGGAUUUGAAGAAAAUGAAAGGAGUUAACAUCAAGGUUGAGAAGUAGGAGUGAUCCGAAGUUGUGUUUUCUAAUAGUUGUUGUCAGUUUUCGUUUGGAGUGACUUUCUCCUU